AUGUCCGAUCGUGACAAAGUAAGCAACUCCUUCUCUUCCGGUUCCACCGAUAGUCCCCUCUACGGCACGAACGCGGCCAACAAUACAACUUACGACACCUAUGAUCCUGAUGCGACGACCGAUUACGGCGUACGUGCUGCUAAACCCCUCCGUACGUAUAAUAAAAUGGCGACCGACGUGAACACAAGUGAACAUGACACCGCAUCCGGGGCCAAAGUCAAACGAACCACUUUCGAGAACGGUCGCAGUCGAACGAUCUACAGUCCCGAGACUGGGGCAUACGAGGAAACGCUGGACUAUACUGAGAAAGGGGUGCAGCAUCAUCAUCGCGAGAAGCUCAGCUCCGAGGGGGUCUAUCAAUCGCGGGAUGUCGAGCUGGAAAAGGAUGGCACGAGGCAUGUUCGGCGCGAGUAUAAAAAUCCGAUUACAGGGACAUCGACUUCAUUACGGGGUACGAUGAGCGAUCGGGCUUUUGAGAUGGACUUUUAG